AUGGCAGGUCGCGCGUUGUACCCAGGCGACAGCGUCAUCGCAGGGUGGGCGGACAUCGCUGCGGUCGCGGCGUGGGCCUCGGUCCCCGCCCCCAUCCUCACAGCCUACAUGACCGCGCUCGGGGACCCGCACUUCAAUGCGAUUCCAGUGUUGGCCGCCAUACCGCCGCACAUCCAUGAGGCGGCAGUUGCAUCCCUCAGUCCGGCAACCCAUGUCGACCGGAUGAGGGUGUGCAUGCUCGUCAAUGCGGCACGCCUCAAGCUCCACCUGCCGCUGGUGGACCUCAUGCCACCGCCGGCCCCGGCGGUGGCGCCAGCGGCGGGUAUGCAGGCUGCAGCUGCAGCACAGCCAGCCGUCGCGGGGCCGAAGGUGCGCCUGAGCAUGGUGCUCGACCAGGUCCGGGACAUGGAGGUUCCAAUGCUGGACCGUGAGGCGUUGGCGGCGAAGUCAGUGACGCGCAGCUCACGCCACGGGCCGGGCAUCUACGUCGACUUCGGCGUGUGGGGUCCGCACCAGCUGCGCUCCGAGGGUCGCAACAAGUUCGUGGCCCAGAUCCUCCAGGCCGACGGGACCUGGCGGUCUGUCGAGAUCGGCGGCCCGGACUGCUUCGAGACUUGGGAGAAGUGCUGGAGGGUCUUCCGGACUGGUGCGAUCAUGGACGCGGUCGCCCUGCCCAGCACUCUAGACACCUACGCGGCGAAGUUCCGGGAGCGGGUCACCAUGUUCCCGAACUCUUGGGCGUUGGCGGCCCAAGCGGACCAGAGGCGCCGCCUGGAAUGGAUGGUAGAGGAGCGCCGGAACCAGGAACAGAUUGCUGCAGACCAUCCGGCGUUCAGCAAGCUCGACACCAGCAUGCCAUGGAACACCGUGUUCAAGGCAGCGGCCACGGACCCGGAUUUCUGGCAGGACGAGUUCCUCACCCCGGCGCUCAAGGAGCUCCACGCGGCACACACCAGGCCUUCCCUGGCGUUCCAGCAGCCAGAGCAGCCUGCGGAGUCGGCCCCGGCAGCCAAGAGGCGCCGGAAGGCCGACAGGAGGCAGGCAGAGCCGCCCCGCCCUGCCUACGGGACAACACCGGCGCGGCCGGCGGACCCGCGCCUGGCGGAGCAGCACCCCGAUGGCCGCUGGAAGCUGGCGGCCGACGGAAAGGACUUCUGCUUCCUUUGGGGUCGCGACGGGGCUUGCGUCGACGGCCAGUGCCCCAACCGCAGGUCGCACACGUGCGAGUUCUGCCGCACAGGCCACCGCACCAUCCACUGCCCAGCGCACCCUGGCUGGCAGCCGCGGGGCGGCAAGGGCAGCAAGGGCGGCAAGGGUGGCGGCACCAGCAAAUCAGCGGCGUCCAAGUGA